AUGAGCGCUGACGACAACGACAGUCUGUGGCUGCAGAAGAGCAUUCACAUCUCGGACCCGAUUCCAGAGACCGGCGAGAAGGCGCAUCUUCAGAAUGAAGGAAAACAGGAGGAGCCGAAAAGUGCAUCAAAAAAGGCGGCAGACCCUGAAAUUGAAUUGACGAGGACACCGUUCAGUAUAAAUUCUUUGCGGCCAAUGCAUUGUCCUUCGCAGCGUCUCUCCUGUCGUCUUUCAAUGGCAAACUCGGCCUUUGCGUCUUUCCAGGAGCUUGAUGAGUUACGCGCACGCGUGAGCCAAAUGACGCGCGAGCGUCUCAAGUGGUCGAAUGUCCAACGUGACCUGGAGAUCGCACGAUUUGAACUGACGCAGGCGCGGGAGGAGCUAAAAACUGUGCGGGAUUACGUGAAAACGAUGAAGGAGGAGUUGGAUGGGGCAAACAGUCGAGCGGAUCGUGAGACGAGAGAGCGACAAACGCUUGAAAGACAAUUAAACGAUGUUAUGGAAAAGCGGAGGGCGGAAACACAAUUUUUAAAGCAAAAGCUUGAUGAUGUGGAGGCAGAACACACCCGGCGUCUUGCGGAGAUGGCUGAGCGGACAGAAUUAGAGUGUAACUCGCGCAGCGAGACCUUGCGGGGUGAUGUGGCCAAACUUUCAGAGGAAAUAGAGGAACUAGAGGCAAGAAGCAUCCAAUUGGAUCAGGAGCGUAUGCAGUUCUACAAGGAAAAUGAGGAAU